GCGGAGGCGGAGGCGGAGCUGGCCAUUCCUCCUCCUCCAUUCCAUCCACCACCACCCUCGGCAUGGCGACCACCACCCUCCUCUACUCCUCCUUCUCCAUGCCCGCCGCCGCCGUUCGGAGGAGCACCACCGCCUCCUCCCUCGGCUUCGCCACCUCCCAGCUCGCCGGCCUCUCCCUCUCCGCUGCCGCUGCUACUUCAACAGCGGCCGUGGCCCCCCUCCCCAAGCACCACCACCAGCUCCAGCCCAUCGUCGCGCGUAGGAUUUGCCCCUUCACUGGCAAGAAGACUAACCGGGCCAACAAGGUGUCCUUCUCCAACCACAAGACCAAGACGCAGCAGUUCGUGAAUCUGCAGUACAAGAAGCUGUGGUGGGAGGCCGGCAAGCGCUUCGUCAAGCUCCGCCUCUCCACCAAGGCCCUCAAGACCAUCGAGAAGCACGGCCUCGAUGCCGUCGCACGCAAGGCCGGCAUCGACCUCAACAAGAAAUAGCUGCUGCUGCUCUUCAUUCAUGCAUUUCCUUAAUUCCCUCUUGCGUUCCAGUGAAUGUAGGCCAGGCAAGACAAGGCUGCAUAUAUUGCUAUCCGUUUCAUUAUAAUUAAUUAAUGUGAUGAUGGGUCAUCCAAGUUACAAGUAAUUUAGACGAAUUUCUCUGA